AUGAAUAAGCCGUUCAAAUCAGUAGAAGAGUUGGCGCAAUAUUUGAUGGAAUAUAAUAGUGAAGAAAGUGAAGAUGAGGAAAACGCUUUUGAUGAUGACAGUUUGGAAGACCCUGAUUUUGUACCAAAUGUUUUGCAAGAUUUUGAUAAUGAAGAUGAAACGGAUCCAUCUCCAUCUCCAUCUCCAACGGCUUCUCGGACUGAUAAUGAAGACUUGCCGUCCUGUUCUCAUGCCGUUUUUCAAACUCAAAGCCAAGUGAAAAAAAAUAUUAUUUGGAAGAAAAAGCAUCUGCAAUUAAAUGAAGCUCAGUUACAUUUUCAUGGAUAUUCGGAUAUUGAAGGUGAAUUACUCAAUUUGGAAACGCCGUAUCAAUUCUUCAGCUAUUUUUUUUCUGAAGACCUAAUAAUGAAUAUUGUCCAGCAAACAAAUUUAUAUAGUGUUCAAAACAAUCCGGAAAAACAAAAUAUAUAUUGCGCUUCUGAUAUAAAACAAUAUAUCGCAAUUGUUUUGUAUAUGUCACUUGUACAUGCCCCCAAUAUAAGAUCAUAUUGGAGUGAUGACCUGGGAUUUCCCCAAAUCAAAGAAAUAAUGCCAGUAAACAAGUUCGAAAAAUUGCGACAAAACAUGCAUUUCAAUGAUAACACCACAUUUGUGCCAAGAGAUCAACCAGGACAUGACAGAUUACACAAAUUGAGACCGGUUAUAGAUCAUCUGCUAUUUAAAUUCAAAAGCAUUCCCUUGGAAAAAGAACUAUCUAUUGAUGAGCAAAUGUGCUCAACAAAAGUUAGGCAUUAUAUGAAGCAAUACAUGCCGAUGAAACCUCACAAAUGGGGAUUCAAAUUGUUUGUUUUAGCUGGAGUUUCCGGAUUUGCCUACAACUUUGAAAUUUACACGGGAAAUGAGAACAAUAUGGCUAGACCAGAAGCUGAACCUGAUCUUGGAGCAACAUCGAACAUAGUUUUGCCAAAAUCGCUACCGUUGCAUUGUGUCGUCGAAUCGGUGCAUUCAUUGCAGGCCUCACUCGCCAUCGACUCACGUAGUCCAUGGAAGCGACGCACGAAUAUCGAGACAGACAGUUAUGUGAUUAUGGCCGCAUCAACGCCAUGGUCGGAAUUGGUGCAAACAGCGCUGCAGCGACUUGGCUACUCUCAAGAGGCGGUCAAUACAGCAAGAGGUUCGAUUAUGAUUAAAAACUGGAAACCCAUACCGCUUGAAAUGAUCUCCGAUAAUCCAGUCGUACCCAUAAGUGAUAUAAUCGGCGAAUUGACCUCAGUGGUCACACUGCGUAUUGUUAUAUUGCGGUCCAAGCCAUCGACGUUCGGCGAAAUCAAGGACAAAUUGUUGAAAUUGCUCGUUUUACAAUCGCAUACUGUAUUACGUUCCACGGGUUGUCCACUCGAUGAGAUGACGCUUUCACAAAUAUGCCGCACCUCUUACCAAAAUCCGUACGCCUUUCCCUCGGGUGAGAUUUCCGAUGAAUUGCGUCGCAAAUUCGAUCAAUGGUGGUCGCAACAACUAACGCCUCAAUCAAGUAUUGCCCCAAAAAUGUUACCGUUCCUAACUGCACCAACAUCAGUGCCCAACGAAAUGGACUUCAAAGUCGGCUCGGCGGCCGUAGCAGCAGCCGCUGCUGCCGCCGCUGCUGCACAAGCCGGCCUACAUGCUGCCUCGGGCGUAGGCAAUGUUCCUGGUGGCAAUAUGCCCAGUCUCAGUGGCAGUCAUGAUUCACUGCUUAUGAAUGAUGCUACACAUCAUGGUCCACCAGGUGCUGCCUCCACACAUCAUCCCAAUAUGCUGGUACAUCCAGCCAUGCAUCCGUCGAUGCACCAUCAUCAUCACCAUCCACACUCACAAUAUCCAAAUCAAAAGACACGCAUGCGCACCAGUUUUGAUCCAGAGAUGGAGUUGCCGAAGCUACAGAAAUGGUUCCAAGAAAAUCCGCAUCCAUCACGUCAACAAAUACAAACGUAUGUAGUGCAAUUGAAUGCGUUAGAAUCGCGUCGUGGCCGCAAGCCGCUGGAUGUAAAUAAUGUUGUGUAUUGGUUUAAAAAUGCGCGCGCCGCUCAGAAACGCGCCGAAAUGCGAGGUGGUUUGGCAGCGCUGGGUCAUCCCGGCCUCAAUGGUUUUGUGCUGAAUCAGCACGGACAGCUGGGUCAAAGCUCAAGCAGCAGCGGCGGCAGUCAGCAAUUGAAUAGUACUAACAUUAAUUUAGCCAUGUCACAUGACUUCCUAAAGAGUCCGUUGAGUCUGAAGUCGGAAGAUGUGGACACAAUGUCACAGCAUUCGGAAGACAUGGAUGAAGACAAUAGUCGACCAGGCUCGCCACAACUACCGCUCUCGCUGACCACACACGAACGCAACCGCAAUUCACCGCUUGAGGGCGCUGACGGAAAUACGGAACAAAAGGAGAGUCUUCGUGAUAUGGUUGAAGCAGAGAUCUUGGUGAAAAGUGAAGCUGACUGCCAAUCGAUGCUGAACGGUUCGCUAAAUCAAUCGCUACGCGCAUGCUCGCGCAGCUAUACGGAGGAGGAGACACAGCCGCAGGAUAAACCAAGCGAAGCACAAACAGGCGACCAACAAGGCGACAAUCCCAAUGAGAAUACAACAAUUAGUCAGCAAAAUGAAACAGAGCACAACAAUAGCAAUAAUAAUAAUAACAACAAUAAUGCAAGCAAUGCCAACACUAAUAUCAACAUUGCCACUAGCGAUAGCACUAACAACAACAGCAGCAAUAAUAUCAAUGAGCAGUCCUAUGAUGCUGUGAACACACAACCGCAAGCACAUUCCUCACCCAAAAUGAAUUCGCCCAAAGAGGAGGAUGAUGAUCUUGAUAUGGAAGAUGAUGACGACGACGAGAAUGAUGCAUCUCAGCUUGAUGAUUACUGUUCGCCAUCGCCCGACUUGGCUAAUGCCUUAGCACAACGCAAAGAUAUGCCAUUUUCAAUGGUACCCAAUUCGAUGUUCUCACAGUCCUUUAUGUACAUGAGCCAUUAUAUACCCGGGUUCGGUCAAGCGGCUGCCAAUCAUCCGCAUGCGCACCAUGCCGCUGCUGCAGCGGCUGCCGCGGGUAUGCCACCAAAUGCGCUAAUGAAUCCGAGCGGUUUGAAUUUGUCGAGCAUGUCGAAUGAGGAGCGACGUAAAAGGAAUCGUACCUUCAUUGAUCCGGUCACGGAGGUGCCGAAACUGGAGCAAUGGUUCGCUAUGAACACACAUCCAUCGCACAAUUUAAUACUGAAGUAUACAGAAGACCUAAACACAAUGCCUUACAGGCAGAAGUUCCCUCGCUUGGAAAGUAAAAAUGUUCAGUUUUGGUUCAAGAAUCGACGCGCCAAAUGCAAGCGACUAAAGAUGUCGCUCUAUGACGGCUCUCAGCUACAAGGUCUCAACUCAUUUGUGAGCAAAUAUGAAGAACGCGAUUAA